AUGGACUGGCAGACAUGGUUAAAAAUUGUAUUUGGAGUUGCCACUUCUGCUGUGCUUGCUUUGUUGGUGAUGUGUAUUGUCUUACGUCCUUCAAGAGUUCACAACUCUGAAGAGAGUACAACACGAGCACUCACACUGAAGGAUAUUUUAAAUGGGACAUUUUCUUAUAAAACAUUUUUUCCAAAUUGGAUUUCAGGACAAGAAUAUCUUCAUCAAUCUACAGAUAAUAAUGUAGUAUUUUAUAAUAUUGAAACAGGAGAAUCAUAUACCAUUUUGAGUAAUACCACCAUGAAAAGUGUGAAUGCUUCAAAUUAUGGUUUAUCACCUGAUCGGCAAUUUGCGUAUCUAGAAAGUGAUUAUUCAAAGCUUUGGAGAUACUCUUACACAGCAACAUAUCACAUCUACGACCUUACAAACGGGGAGUUUAUAAGAAGAAAUGAGCUUCCUCGUCCAAUUCAGUAUUUAUGCUGGUCGCCUGUUGGGAGUAAAUUAGCAUAUGUCUAUCAAAACAACAUCUAUCUGAAGCAAAGACCAGAAGACCCACCUUUUCAAAUAACAUAUAAUGGAAAAGAAAAUAAAAUAUUUAAUGGAAUCCCAGACUGGGUUUAUGAAGAGGAAAUGCUUGCUACAAAAUAUGCUCUCUGGUGGUCUCCUAAUGGAAAAUUUUUGGCGUAUGCAGAAUUUAAUGACACAGAGAUACCAGUUAUUGCCUAUUCCUAUUAUGGUGAUGAACAAUAUCCUAGAACAAUAAAUAUUCCAUACCCAAAGGCUGGAGCUAAGAACCCCGUUGUUCGGAUAUUUAUCAUUGAUGCCACUUACCCUGAGCAUGUAGGUCCCAGAGAAGUGCCAGUACCAGCAAUGAUAGCCUCAAGUGAUUAUUAUUUCAGCUGGCUCACAUGGGUUACUGAUGAUCGAAUAUGUUUGCAGUGGCUAAAAAGAAUCCAAAAUGUUUCAGUCUUGUCUACAUGUGAUUUCAGGGAAGACUGGCAGACAUGGAACUGUCCAAAGACUCAGGAGCAUAUAGAAGAAAGCAGAACUGGAUGGGCUGGUGGAUUCUUUGUUUCAACACCAGUGUUCAGCCAUGAUACCAUUUCAUACUACAAAAUAUUUAGCGACAAGGAUGGCUACAAACAUAUUCACUAUAUCAAAGACACUGUGGAAAAUGCUAUUCAAAUUACAAGUGGCAAGUGGGAGGCCAUAAAUAUAUUCAGAGUAACACAGGAUUCACUGUUUUAUUCUAGCAAUGAAUUUGAAGGCUAUCCUGGAAGAAGAAAUAUCUAUAGAAUUAGCAUUGGAAGCCAUUCUCCAAGCAAGAAGUGCAUUACUUGCCAUCUAAGGAAAAAAAGGUGCCAAUAUUACACAGCAAGUUUCAGCGACUAUGCCAAGUACUACGCACUCGUCUGCUAUGGCCCAGGCCUCCCCAUUUCCACCCUUCAUGAUGGCCGCACCGACCAAGAAAUUAAAAUCCUGGAAGACAACAAGGAAUUGGAAAAUGCUUUGAAAAAUAUUCAGCUGCCUAAAGAAGAAAUUAAGAAACUUAAAGUGGAUAAUAUUACAUUGUGGUACAAGAUGAUUCUUCCUCCUCAGUUUGACAAAUCAAAGAAGUAUCCCUUGCUAAUUCAAGUGUAUGGAGGUCCCUGCAGUCAGAGUGUAAGGUCUAUAUUCUCUAUUAGCUGGGUAUCUUAUCUUGCAAGUAAGGAAGGGAUAGUCAUUGCCUUGGUGGAUGGUCGAGGAACAGCUUUCCAAGGUGACAAACUCCUGUAUGCAGUGUAUCGAAAGCUGGGUGUUUAUGAAGUCGAGGACCAGAUCACAGCUGUAAGAAAAUUCAUAGAAAUGGGUUUCAUUGAUGAAAAAAGAAUAGCCAUAUGGGGCUGGUCCUAUGGAGGUUAUGUUUCAUCGCUGGCCCUUGCUUCAGGAACUGGUCUUUUCAAAUGUGGGAUAGCAGUGGCUCCGGUCUCCAGCUGGGAAUAUUACGCAUCUAUCUACACAGAGCGAUUCAUGGGCCUCCCAACAAAGGAUGAUAAUCUCAAGCACUAUAAAAAUUCAACUGUGAUGGCAAGAGCAGAAUAUUUCAGAAAUGUAGACUAUCUUCUCAUCCACGGAACAGCAGAUGAUAAUGUGCACUUUCAAAACUCAGCGCAGAUUGCUAAAGCUUUGGUUAAUGCACAAGUGGAUUUCCAGGCGAUGUGGUACUCGGACCAGAACCAUGGCAUAUCCGGCCUAUCUACGAAGCACUUAUACACCCACAUGACCCACUUCCUAAAGCAGUGUUUUUCUUUGUCAGACUAA